UAAACGAUUGUGUCAGUCUUGUUCGUCGUUUAGCUUCCGGGGACGAGAUUCGGCGAGCUUUUGAUUCAGUCGUAACUAGUUCCGAUCAACGAAAUUAUCAACUUCUUUCUUAAAGAGGUCAUCAGAAGCAGAAGCAAUGAUUGGGUUGUUUAAAGUAAAGGAAAAGCAAAGAGAACAAGCUCAGAACGCUAGUAGAGGAGGAGGAGCUUCUGUUAAGAAGCAAUCUGCUGGUGAACUUCGUCUUCACAAAGAUAUAUCAGAGUUGAACCUUCCAAGCUCGUGUACGAUAUCUUUCCCUAAUGGCAAAGAUGAUUUGAUGAACUUUGAAGUCUCCAUUAAACCCGAUGAUGGUUACUACCAUAAUGGUACAUUUGUUUUCACGUUCCAAGUGUCUCCUGUGUAUCCACAUGAAGCUCCUAAAGUUAAAUGCAAAACCAAGGUUUAUCAUCCCAAUAUCGAUUUGGAAGGAAAUGUGUGCUUGAACAUCUUACGUGAAGACUGGAAACCUGUUCUUAACAUCAACACUGUUAUCUAUGGACUCUUUCAUCUUUUCACGGAACCAAAUUCUGAAGAUCCAUUGAACCAUGAUGCAGCACAAGUUUUAAGGGACAACCCUAAGCUGUUUGAGACCAAUGUCCGUAGGGCCAUGACUGGUGGGUAUGUUGGUCAAACCUUUUUCCCGCGCUGUAUCUAACAAAAACCUCUGAAGACGAUAAGAACCGAUGAAAGCCCCUUUAUCUGCCUAUUGUAUUCCUCAAAGAACCCUUGUUUAUUUGCUUUUGUGUAAGACUACAUUUCCCUUAGCUCGUGAUCUUUCUGAACUUUUAGUUCGUGAGAGUUCGACAAAGGAGACUGAAAAGGAAGUGAGUACUCAGAAAAUGUGGAUUCUGUAACAUGCUUGAUCUCUGUCUUAUAUUUUAUAAUUCUCCUCAAAUUCAGUUUGAUUU